AUGAAUCAAGAUAACAUCAAUGGACGAGGGCUAGGCUUGCAUGAUCAGCUGAAUGGUGUCUCAUCCGCGCCUGCGGGUUCCAGUCAAUUAGGGAACCCAGUCGGUCUACAUAAUGGAUCGCUACCCACAAAUGGAGUUCAACAUCCUGAUUCGCGCGGAAGUGACGAGAAUUACCGGACUAAGAUGAUGUUAUCCGCCUCAGGAGACCCUCCUGAAUUACAGCACAUUGUCCAAGGUUUUUUCCCCUUGGCGAAGUUACUUAAUCGGUCCGCACAACAAUGCUGGAACGAUCUUGCGGAUUUAGUCGCCGAGCUUGCGGAAAUCCAAGUACCCUCCCACGACUCUAAUUUUUCCCCAAUAUCCCCGAACACGAAGGUACUGGGAAAUCAGUCUCCGGAAAAUGUGCGGAAGAAACUUCGAGCCUUGGAAUUCGCCCAGAAAAAGCGAGGGGAAUUUAUCAAGCUUCUUGUGCUCUCGCAAUGGAGCCGACAAGCUGCGGACGUGAGCCGGUUGAUUGAUAUUCAAAACUUCAUUCGCACGCAACAUCAAGCUUACGCGGGAGCUUUACAAUGCAUGGGAGACAUGAAGAGAGACCUUGUACGAGCACAGGUGGCCAACCCAGAUCUAAACACUGCAUUGGAAGUCUUGUUGAGAGGUGAGGUUGUAUCAAUGCCAGAUCUUGGUUAUAGGCCUCCAAAGCCCUUAACGCCAAAAUCCACUUUGAAGAAGAUGCGAAAGAUAAAUAGGGUCAUCAGCACGAGGUUAGCUUUGCAUGAUGAUAUCCCUCUUGCCUUCCAGAAGUACCGCGUCCAUGAUGGUCGGGUCACAUUUGUUGUGCCCGGAGAGUUCGAGCUCGAUUUGUCUAUUGGGGAAGAGGACGUCACGUCUCAGUUUUUCUUCGUCGACAUCCGCUUUCUUUUCAGCCCAUCACCUUCGAUUCCCGCAGGUCGGAUGCUCAGCGAACUCGAUAUCAAAAUUAAUGAUACUCUUCGAAACGGUGGAUUGUCCGAGUGCUUUAACUGGCUACAUAAUCUAAUACUAACAAACAAAAUAAAUAUUCUUGCAAGGCAAGCUUCUGAGCUGAGUAGGAGCCUUUGGUCCAACGUUUUGCGCAGCGAGUUGCUGCACCGGACUCUAGUACUGCAGUACUGGGCAUCGAAGCCUAACACGAAAAGUUGGCUUGAGAUCGGCAUACGACGCGGCCCUCGAGAAUCCACUAUAGGUGGAAUGCGGCCACCAUCUUUGGGCUUGCGAUGGAUUAGGGAUGGACAAGAAGUGAACUCGGAUGAUGUCGAGUUUGACACGGACAGCCUCUCGGUGGAUCGUCUUCUUCGAAGUGCCAUUGCUUUACACAUUUCGCAUAUACUGUCCUCAGCGUUCAGGAGGAUCAGCGAGAAGCUUCUUUAUUCUAAUGGGUCACUGUCAUUACACGCCUAUCUUACCAGGACCGAACCAGGGGAUUGUCAGCUUGAUGUUCAACUUACCGCAUCCCGUCGGCUUCGAGUUGCGAUCGAGCCCCUGUCGGGAGCUAUAGUGCUAGCAGCUACUCCGAAUACCCUGGAGCGAGUGGAUACCGAUCGCAAUAUGGACCGAUCGACCAUUGACGAUAUAGUAUCUCGCGUCGGAAGACUUCGCUGUGCUGCGGCGAUAGAGGAGGUAGAAUCGCAGGUGAAGAUGCUUGGAUUCAUCUCGGUUAGCCCAAGGAACGUAAGGAUUGACGCUCGAAGUUUGUUCCCUGCAAACGUUCUGCGGUUCUCGUUCUUUUGGCAUCAUCAUUGGGAGCGUUCCUGGUUGCUUGCCGCAACGAGUAGUAUGGAUGGAGAUAAAUGGUGGGUUGUCCAAACUCCGUCGGCGGAUUCUGUAACGAUCAAUCGUAGCUUGGAUGCUGCCGUGCAUCAUGCCAGCUCUGCUGUUCGCUCUGCGCAGGUCAUUUGCAACUUGCUACUACCCGCGGAGCAACCAGACUACUCAUCACUUGCCGAUUUGGGUCAUUGCUUGUCAGGCUUCUUGGCCAUAUAUGCAAAUGCGCGCUUUCUGCAAGAUCUGCAGUUUAUCAAAAUCUGGCCGCAUCUGGAACACUUAAGAAUCGGGCCUGGCCUUCAAGUGCCAGACCUCAACAUUGAGUACGAAGCGACAAAGUUACCGGAGGCUCUGCGAGUAGCUCUUCCCGCCGGUUUUAAGAGGAAGACAUUCGUCAAAAAGACAAUUCGCCUGGCUUUUCACGGCAUCGACCGGUGCAGGAAAGUCGCCAUAAUGGUCGCCUACGGCAAUUUGUCCACUUCUUUUCCUGCGCUGGGUGAUUUAGUCGCCGAAGACGAUCACUCGUUGGUCCUUCAAAAAACAGGCACCGGUUUCGCGCUUCUAUACGAAAUCCUUCGGCGGAAGAAGAUGGACGCGCGUUUUCUAUCGUUGUCGCGCCUUGGUUUCGCCUAUGGACCGAAUAAAGAGCUCCUUGCGCAACUCGAUAUCGGGGAGACACAGCCCCAACUUCCCACGGAAAUGGAUCCUCUGAAGCUCGCGUUCAGAACGGGUCAUUUAUUCCAUUAUCGUCUCAGCAUAAGUUUUGAUCACUCUAACCCCCAUCGCAGAAUACAAGGGCCUUUGGCUUCCAACCUGAACCGGCCUACCGCUGAAGCAGGUCUGGACACACUGACAGAGAUACUAUCAUUCACACUUCCCUUGAUGCAAGCACUGGAUCGAUUCAUGGCGAACCCCUCUCGCAAUGAGUCAUCUAUAGUGCACGUUACUGUGCGUAAUGCAACGUCCUUCCAAAUCCAUUACCCCUACGAGAAAUGCCGGCUCCGACUAGUAGCCCACCAACACCAAAAUCAACCCGUCUGGGUUCUCAGAGAUGUGUUGAGCUUUCAAGAUGGUUCCUGUGAACCAGAAUUCAAACACAAACUUCAGGAGAGGCUAUAUAACUCGAAAGGCACCGGCUGGAGGGGACUUGGCAACGGGGUUAUUGCAGAGCCUGAUCAUAUUGGAGAUUUAUUGGAUGAGCUCGACCGGUGCUUGGCCUCGACCAAAGCCAAUACGACUCCAAAAGCUCUGGAUAGCAGAACCUCCCACGAUGCCCCUGCCGCUAACAACCAGUCUCCUGCUAUUAGACCUGAAAAGUCAGUGGAAGCGGCUGAUAUGCACGGAGGUUUUGUCAAUAGAAAUUUACAACAGAAAGCAGGUCCUGCCUCGCAAAAGACGGAUGUCAUCACGAUCGAUUAA